AAUUAAUUACAAGCUAAUCCAUUUUCAUUCAUCAAAUAAAUGUACAAAACAAAUUAAUGACUCACCACAUACAUCCUAAUCUAAAUCAAAACAGAUUCUCUAAAAAUAACUUUCUAAAAAUCAAGCUCCAAUAAUUUCACACAUAAUCCAUAUUACCUUUAAUACUUUCCAAAUCUUUAUGAUUCACACAUUCUGUAGUAUUUUUUCUCAAACCCAAAAAAAUAAAAAUAAAAAAAGUUAAUAAUAAUUUUUUUUCACAAAGUGCAUAGGAGCGUAUGACUCUUGCACUUAGGAAGAGCGUAUGUUAUCUUACCAAAAAGGAAUAAAAUAAAAUAAAAUCAAAUCAAAAAUCAAAAACCCAAUCAUAUUGUAUACACAUUACACUACUACAAUAUCAAUAUCUUCCAAUUAAGUAUUAUUAUUCGGGCCGAGUCGGGUCACGUGGGUGCAAUGUAUGUGUCACAUGCCAGCCAAUUUAUGUGACCGUUGGCUAAGGCUAGCUCACAUCAAAGAAGAAAAAAGAAGGCGUGGUUUAGUUCAUCCAACGGCCAUAUAUUUUCACUAGCCGUUGUAUUUGAAAAUUUAAGGGGGUUUAGGUUCGUGUAUUUUCCAGACAAUUUUUCCGUUGUUUCAGUUUUAAGGCAACGAUUUUAUUUCUUUCCUUUUUCUGUUUUCUUCUUCUUUAUUUACCUGAGCUCUUGAAUGACUGAGUAAGAGAGAGAAACAGAAGAGAGAGAGAGAGAGAGGAGAGAGAAAGUGAGAGAGAGAGAAAGAGAGUAUAAUUAGUAAAUGACCUAAUUAUACCUCAGAUUUUUGUUCAUAAUCAAGAGAAAUAGUUAAGAAUUUUUCUGGGGUUUUUGUUAAUUUUUCUGGGGUUUUAGUUGAAUUUUCUGGGGUUUUUGUUGAUUUUUCUGGGGUUUGAUUUAUUCUUUGUUAUUUGAUUGAGAUUAAUUAGAUCUUGAGAUUAUAAUUAGCAAAGAUGAUUAACGAUGAAAAUCAAAGUAUUCCCAAUUUCCAAGGUCCCAGAAAAUUUGGGCAUGAAGCUAAAAGAACAAGAAGAGCAUUAAGUGUGAUUAAUCAGAAUUUGGUUGGAUCUCAGCCUUAUCCUUGCGUUGUUAACAAAAGACCCAAUUCACAAAAAUGUGUGAUUUUUGAUGAAAACAUCCCCAAUCCUGUACAAAGACCAGUCACAAGGAAAUUUGCUGCUGAAAAUAAUAAACAAGAAAUCAAAGUUCAAAAUUCAAGUGAAGUUAUUGAAGAUGUUAAAAUAAUAGAUGUGGAGUGUAAGACAAUUACAGAUGUGCCUGUGCCAAUGUCAUUGGAAAAGCCUGAAUCUGCAGCACAAAAUCAGAUUAAUGAGAUGGAAGAGGUUGAGAUGGAAGACAUCUUUGAAGAUCCAAUCUUGGAUAUUGACGGCCGUGAUUCAAAAAACCCUCUUGCUGUUACUGACUAUAUUGAUGAUCUUUACCUUUAUUAUAAGAAAAUGGAGGCAUGCAGCUGUGUAUCACCAGAUUACAUGUCACAGCAAUUUGACAUUAAUGAAAAGAUGAGGGCUAUACUUAUUGACUGGCUUGUUGAGGUACAUUACAAAUUUGAACUUAGGGAUGAGACAUUAUUUCUCACAAUACAUCUAAUAGACAGAUUCCUAGCUAAACAUACAAUGGUGAGAAAGAAGCUACAAUUAGUGGGUUUAAUUGCAAUGCUGUUAGCCUGCAAAUAUGAAGAAGUUUCUGUACCUGUUGUUGAAGACUUGAUCUUUAUUUCUGACAAAGCUUAUACUAGAGAAGAUCUUCUUGAAAUGGAGAAGAUAAUGCUCAACACAUUGCAAUUCAACAUGUCUUUGCCAACCCCAUAUGUCUUCCUGAGAAGAUAUCUGAAGGCUGCUGAAUCUGACAAGAAGCUUGAGCUGCUGUGCUUUUAUCUGAUUGAGCUUUCUUUGGUGGAGUAUGAAAUGAUCAAAUUUCCACCUUCACUGUUAGCUGCUGCUGCAGUGUAUACAGCACAAUGCAGUCUGUAUGGAUUUAAACAGUGGAGCAAGACCUGUGAGUUUUACACAAACUACACUGAAGACCAGCUCCUGGAAUGCUCAAGGCUUAUGGUGAACUUCCAUCAAAAGGCAGGAACAGGAAAGCUAAGUGGGGUACAUAGGAAAUACUCAACUUCAAAGUUUGGUUAUGCAGCAAAAUUUAACCCGGCAACCUUUCUCCUCAACAGUUGAGUCUAAUGAGAAAGGAUUACUGUAUAGUUUACUGACUAUACAAGAAAUUUGGUAAUUACAACAAAAUGACAUUUGAAAACUACCCAUUUCUCUAUUUGAGGGGUGUGUAGAAUAUGGCUAAUAAUCUUCAUUGGCUUUUAGGAUAUUGAUAUUGACAAUAUUUACCACCCUUUGUUUAUGUUUCUUGCAAAACAUCCACAUUGUAGUUCAUAUUCAAUUUUUUGAAUAAAUACAGAUUCAACUGCUUAAAUUCUGCUAAA